CGUCUCCUGACGUACCAUUUGAACUGACCCGGGAAAGCAGCGCGGGAUGAAGCUGACCUGGUGACCGUCCUCAUUAAACCGUGUCUGCGGGUUAGGCUAGAGCGUAGUACGGAGGCUUGCUGCGCCGUGGGCCUGGCGUAAGACACGGAUCCUCGUGUUUAAGAACCGGAGCGAACCGGUUACCGUGCGUGGGUCAGGCUGCACCCUUACAUCCGUUUCCCUGUGACUGCUCUCAGUAGAAGCAUGACAGCAUAAUGAUGAACAAUGAGUUGUUAUCAGAGUGUAAAUGUCAGAUAACCCUAUGUAACGUUUUCUCUUAGCAGGUAAAAAUUAUAUUGUGUUUUCAAGUUCCUACAGUAGUUUCAGAACAAGAGCCUGGCUAAGAAAUGACAUUUCCGUCCUUUGAGGCGAUAAAGCUUUUAACUUGAAACGAUUACAGGAAGUGCUGCGUGUUGCGGUGACGUUAAGAUUGUGGAAGACGGGAAAGGUCUGAUGGAUUGUUACAGCGUUACUGAUCGGCUGUGAUAUCAGAGAGAAACGCAGGUAAACACUGUAAGCUGGUGCACAGGGUGCAGCGCUGACUCUUCAGGUCUGGACCCACGGACACCCACAGCUUUGAAGGAAAAUGACUGACCUCGAGGAUCUGAGCCACCACAUUCAUGACAGAAUAUCAUCUAUAAAACACACACUGGAUCUGUCAGUUGUUGAGUUGCCGCAAAAUAAGAUCACCAAACUUGGACAGGAGCUCUUUGCCCUUGAGAGACUUCUGGAGGAGUUUGAAAAAAGUGUUGGCCAACAGAAAGACCACCUGAAGCAUCUGAAGGAACUCGAUGAGGUUUUCCAGAACUAUCUGCAGGAUGUUCAGCACAUUAAGGACAACAUCCCUGCACACAUGCCCAGGAAGAAGGGCCCACUCAAAGGAAACGAACCUGCAGUAAAGCAGAAAGAAGCAGAUGUUCAGCCGGCAGAAAAAAAGAGCAGCAAGAGUUUUGUGAGAGAGAUGGAGUUCGUCACUCUGCCAGAGUUUGAGAGCAUCCCUCAGUACAUGAAAGGACGUGUGACAUAUGACCAGCUUAAUGCAGCGGUGGACGGCAUUAACACGGCUGUAACAGCCAAGUACAAGAUCAUCCACCAGUCAGUCAGAGCACUCAACAAUCAUGCACGGAAGCUGCACCAGCGCUUUAAGGACCAAGAGACCAAAGAUACCAAAGGCCAGUACUUUGUUGUGGAGGAUGACAUUCGUGAAUUUACCCAGAUGAAGGUGGACAAACGCUUUCAGGGGAUUCUGAACAUGCUGCGGCACUGCCAGCGCCUGCGGGAGCUCCGGGGGGGGGGGCUCACCCGCUACGUGCUGUUAUGAAAAAGACGGGUUCUGCUUUUCUUUUCCUCGGUGUGGUGAUGUAGUAGGCUGCCAUAUUUGCAAAUGGCUUACCUGCAUAACUGUCAGAUGUUUUUACAUGAGUAGUCUGAUUUUUCUGAAUACUUUUGACAACCCAAACAUUUCACUGCUAAACUGCUGUGCAUACCUUGUAUUAAUGUAUGCUAAAUAUUAUAAUAAAUACUAAUGAUGUAAUGAUAAUACCUUUACCUGU